AUGCCUUCUAUAGCUAGACGGCUCUUUCGCGGUGCUCGAGCUAUCCAGAAGUACCGGACCGAGCGCGACAUCCUUGUACGAAACAUCCGCUCCUACAUCGCCACUUUGCGCCAGUUGCCCGAGGGCAACUACCUUGUCGAGAUCGCUCUCAACGUCCACUCCCUGAAGGUUCAGGCCGAUAAGGUGAAGUGGGCUUCCCAGGCUCUUACUACCGACGCCGGAGAUAUGAACUACGUCGCUUCCCAGGGUUUCAACCACUUCUUCUUCGCCAUCCCGGCCGUCUGCGACCAGAUCGGCCGUGACACCCGCCAGAUGUCCGAGACCCUUUUCGACCACAUCCACACGCCUAACGAGGGCACCGAGCACCGGAUCGCUCUUUAUCUAGAGCGUUCACUCGCUAACCUGGGCUUUGUCUAG